AAUGAUGUGACAACGUGUCAAAAGUGUAACUACGUGUAGCUCGUAAUUCAAAAAUAAAUUUCAGUGGACUGCCAACUCGAUAGUAGGUCUUUUGAAUUUACUUUCGAAAACUUUUUGGUAAAUUUGUUAUACAUUCCAACCAACCUAUAUAGCAAUACAAUGCCUGCUGCUCCGAGUUCUACAUCGGUGGGAUCAGGUAGUCGUUCACCAAGCAAAGCCUCAAUAGCUCCAAGAGCUUCAAGUGGUGGUACUGUACGUCAAAGAAAGACUACAACAACAACCACUGCUGCUCGCAGCCGAACUACCGGCGCAGGAUCUGGUGGCAUGUGGCGCUUUUACACUGAUGAUUCCCCUGGCGUUAAAGUAGGUCCAGUACCAGUGUUGGUUAUGUCUCUUCUAUUCAUUGCAUCAGUUUUUAUGCUACACAUCUGGGGAAAAUACACUAGGGCUUAAUUGUAAAUAUUUGAUAAGACUGUCACUGGAAUAAAAUAUAUUAAGUGAAAUAUUUAAGGUGUGAGUGAAUUUAUAUUUGGUGGUAAUAUGAUUAACAAUCUAAUACAGUACACAACUUUUAUUUUGUAUUAAGACUAUUAUAGUUAUAAGGGUAUUUGAACUGCCGAUUGUUAAUUUCUAUGUGAAUUGGGAUGCAUUUAAACAAUUCAUUUAAUUACUGUACCUUACAUAAUUUCUCAUUCUGAUAGCUGUAUAAUAAAUUAAGUUAAUAAAGUACACUUAAUUA